AAAUUAGGGCAGCUGACACUUAGGUGAAAUAAGCAAUAAGUGUUUAUACCUGUACACAAAGGUAGUUGAAGAAGUGAGGUUUGAAAACCUUUAUAUACUAUUUAUAUAUCAGCCCUUUUUAAAGAAAACUAAGAACAAAAUGGGACAACUCAAGGACUUUCAGUUGCGCCGCUUGGAGGAGCACAAGUACAUCCUGUGCCUCCUCCUCUUUAAUGGAUCCAAUGAUGCAGAAGUGGUGGUGCUGGCUGGUAGAGCAGUGUCCCCUGACUCUAGCCCCCAAUCUCAUUACCAUUAGUGGUUUACUUGUGAACAUCGCAACAUCUUUGCUUCUGGUUUAUUAUAGUCCAGAUGCCAAGCAAGAGGUACCGAGGUGGGCUUGUUUUCUUUGUGCCUUGGGGCUUUUUCUAUAUCAGAGCCUUGAUGCCAUUGAUGGCAAACAGGCCCGUCGUACUGGUACGUCAUCACCUCUUGGCGAAUUAUUUGACCAUGGCUGUGAUUCCCUUUCUACUGUUUUUGUUUCCUUGGGUGUGGCUUGCUCUGUUCGACUAGGAACUCAUCCCUACUGGAUGUUUUUUCAAUGUAUGAUGGCUGUUACCCUCUUUUAUUGUGCCCACUGGCAAACAUAUGUGUCUGGCACACUAAGGUUUGGAUUUGUAGAUGUAACGGAGGCACAGUUUGGAGUUAUUGCUAUACACCUACUGUCAGUUAUAUUUGGGCCAAGUUUUUGGUCCUUAAAGAUUCCGGUAUUGUUUUUGCCAUUCAAAUGUCUGCCCACUAUAAUAGGUAUCGUAGCAGCUGCAGUUGCGCUGUUUAAUAAUUUUAAAAUUAUUCUGAUUGAAAGAGGAGCUGGACGCAAUGGCUCAACAGUUGCAGGUACAAGUGUUCUGUCUCCAGUGGUGCCCUUGCUCUUCGUUUUAGUUCCUUCAGUCCUAAUAGCCUGGAAGAGCCCGUAUGACAUAUAUUUACAAAAUCCAACUAUAUAUCUAUUGACAUUUGGCUGUGUGUCAGCAAGGGUUACCAACAGGCUUGUGGUUGCCCACAUGACUAAAAGUGAAAUGGCUUACAGUGAUGCUUCAUUACUAGGCCCAGCUUUGCUCUUCCUAAACCAAUAUGUUAAUUGUCCAAUCAAUGAAAAUUAUUUACUCUACAUAGUUUGUAUUUAUGUUAUUUACGACCUUAUAAAAUAUUGCCAGGAGGUCUGCCUGGAAAUUUGUCAUCAUUUAAAUAUUUCCCUCUUCACCAUUGUUCCAAAGCGUCCAGCAAGUAGUACAAGCUCUGCUGCCUUUGAAAAAAAUGGUAGUUCAAAGUAUAUGACUCGCAGCAAGGCAAAGGUUAAAAGUAAUUAAAGAAAAUAGGCAUAGCUGUAGAUAAAGAGAAGUUAUAUAUGAAUAUAUACUGUAUAUAAGUAAUGUCACAGAAUGUAAGAUUGGGGUAUUCAAGUCUUUUUAUGUCAGUUUUCCAGGAUUUGUGAACUUAUGUUAAAAUGAUGUUUUCCACCAAGAGGAAAAUGUAACUCACAUGCACCAUUUUAUUGCAGUGUAUGAUUUAUGAACUGUAAUUAUGGAAGGUAGAUCAGAGAAGUAUCUAUAUUGGCAUUAUAAAGAUAUUGUGACUAGAAUAUUCCAGUCUUUUUGUAGUUAGUAAUUUGUUAUUUAGGGCAAUUAUUGUUUGGAUUUUUAUUCAAUAUUUUAUGUUGGUAAGUGUCUGUGUAACAUUUUCUUUUGCGUUUUUAGUGUUCUUUGUGGAAUUGGGGAUGAUUCUGCUGGACAACACCCCUGAGUAACCCUUUAUUUGCACUGUUUUUUUCUCUUUUUCAUUUAUUUAUUUUUAUAGAAGAGAAAAAUAUAGUUUUGCAUAAUUUUCUGAUGAAUAUGGAUAGUGCACCAAUAAUUUCUUGGAUUACGCGUACUUAGGUUUAUGGUUAGCACUUCUAUAUACGUAAUGUAAUGGUCCCUGAAAUAAAACCUAGUCCUUGACAAGAAGGCACACUAAAAUUAAAAUUUUAACAUUCGGAGUGUAGCAGUGUUUCAUUUAUUGAAGGUUUACAUUUCAUUUUGAAAUUUCUUAUCCAGGGAAAAUUCCCGGUUAUGAGCUCCCUUUAUAAAUAUUUGCAUUUUAUCUGCUGAUGAUCUUUUUGAAGUUUACAUGAUAGUAUGCAAUCUGUGGUGUUACCUUAAUUAUAUUACUGUUCUAUUUGUACCAUGGUGUUAUUACUCAGAAAAUUUUCUAUACAAAUUACCAAAGCUAAAUUCUAAACCGUUCACUCUGAUUAAAAGUAUAAGAAAAAAAAGGUGUUUUUAUCUCAGGAGCUAACUUUUGAAAAUGGCUUGGUUAAUUUUUUGGAGGCAAAAGUAAGUAUUCUGGUGGGAAACUCAUUAUUUGUAGACCUUUCAUAAAACAACUUUUCAAUAAGUCUCUUGUUACAUGCCAGCACAAGUAAUGAAGGUAGUUGAAUACCCUGAUAUAGCUUAGUUUCCCUGACAUCUUCAAGUCCAUGUUAAAUAUAUUAUUGUACUCUGUACAAACUGAGCUUAAUAUUUGUAAUGUACAUACACUUAAGACAAUCUAUUUCAUCAUUACCAACAACCUCUCAAACUUAUUUUUAGUGGUGAUACAUUGCAUAAAAGGAUUAUUAGAUAAGAUGUCCUAAAUGGUAUAUAUGAUAGUCUUAGAUUCUUAAUCUUUCCACACAGAAAAUCUGCUCUCAUUAUCUUUUUUCGAUGAUGUGUAUGUAAGUCACACCAGAUGACUCUUCUUGUGCUCUUAAAAGUAUAUAUUACUCUGGUGUUUAAAAAUAUUCUUCUCAGGCUUAUUAAUAUUCUUGCUUAAGUAUAUGUAACAGGGGCUUCUGUAUGUUAUGUUACAAGAGACUUUAGGAGCUCUGACUACAAGUUGAUAGCUGUGAUGACUCUUAUUUUUAUCUUCAUACAUUUAAUCAGGAAGCUCCUUGUACUAUAGCGUUGUUUUCUUGAAAAGGGAGGUAACUCAUUCUCUCAGUUGAAAGAAGUGAGUUACAUUGUUAGCACUUGUAUUUUGCAGUGAAUUGAUUGGGAGGUGCACUGUAAAUUAACUUGCUGUGACUAUACACUCAAGCUUAGUUAUAUUUUCUCCUUGAUAAUGAAAUGCUUUAAAAUGACAUAAAGGAUAAAUCAAACAAUUCUUCAUCCUGAUAGAUAUUGUGACAGGUGAAGAGUUACAGGUGACUUAAAUAUAUUAUUAUAUAUUUAGUUUCUUGGUUUUACAGCCCUGAUAUAGGUACUAUAUGGUUUACUCUUUUUGAGGAAGGUUAGGCAUUGAUUGCUGGUUGAACGAAUAUAUUUCCCCUUGAAGGUGAGUCAGCUGUUAGGCAUUUAUAAGUCUCACAUGUUGUAUAAAUGAUUAAAACUUUUUUUUGGUAUUGAUUAAUAACAUUUUUGAAGUGCUUUGGUUUUUCUCUGAAUUUGAGUUUGUGUUGCAUGGACAUUGGUAUUUGUUAUCACUGUGUCUUGAGUGCUGAAGAUUGUAUUGUCUUUUGGUGACUGGUUUUAUGUGGCUAGUAAAAAGAAAUUAACUGUAUGGUGCAAGUUUAUAAUUUUCAUAGUAGUUUUGAUUGGUUUGAAGAUUAGGAUUUUAUUCUAGUUUACUUGUGAUGCAAGUCACAUCAUUGACUAAUUGAUUCUGAUGUCUUAUUAUAUAAAGAAAUCAUGUUUGCCAAGUAAAUUGCAUUGUAAUGUUGAACUUUUGUAUUUUGAGUACCCUUGUUAGAUUGUCAAAUUGCUUAAUUGGUCAAAGCAUUUUGUUUAAUUGGUAAUCAUUCAACAUCUUCAACAGGUAAAUGGAAUGGUACCUUCAAAAGUACCAUUGUCGUAUUUUGAUUGACCAGUGUGUUCAGAUUGGUUGUAUUUUUCAGUGGUGUUUACUUAGAUAAUUUUGCUCAAAAACAUUUCGUCUAGCGUUCAUCUUACAGUAUGUCAACAUGAUUAUAGAAAAUUAAUAAGACAGAAAUGGUAAAAAUUAUCUCCUAAAAAAAUCACAAAUAGGACAACUCUAUCAGUGGUGUUUUAUAAAUUGUGUAGGUUAAUUAUGGUUUGAUCAGUUUUUCUUUUCACCUUUUCCAUUGAUUUUUUUUAUACAAGGGAAUCAUUUAGUUGAAUUUGAAGUAAAUGUCUUAUUUUGAGUUUUCCCCCUUGACUAGUGAGGUACAUAUAAAAUACAGUAGUGAAAUUAAUGUUGGUAUGUCAAAUAGGGAAAUCCACAAGCUCAUGUAUUUUGAUAUAUUGACUUGUAGAAAUAUCUGGUGAAGUUUUUUCAUAUUACAAAGUAACUGUGAGAUUUUUUCCAUUGUGUAAUUGCAUGAUUUUUGUUUAUUAGUAAUUGAUUGUUAAGGAUUUCUUACAUUGGUCAAAAGUGUAGUUUGCAGUACAUUGGUUCUGAUUGGAGAUUCCCAAAAUAAACGUUUGUAUAAUUUGAGAAGGAAUGGUGCUAUGUCAUGGUUUUGCAUCCUAGGAAUACUUUCUUGUCUUUUUUUAAUUGCAUGAAAGUUUUCUCAUUAUAUCAGUUGUUCAUUCUUUUCAUUGCUUUAUUAACUAAAAGCAGGGUUUGUUACAUGCUUCUAACAGCAUUUUAGUAGUUUAUUUUUAGAGCUGCUUGGUACUUCAAGAAAAGUAACUGAUUUUAAGUACGGUACAUUUUUCCCAGUUGCAUAUUUCACAUCUAAUUGCUUGAAUAUUUAGGGAACUACAGUAUUCCAAUAUAAAACUUUAUAUUAUAUUGGUGAGUAACCAGGGCCAGUGAGUUUGAUGAUUUUGUUAUUGAGCCCUGGUAAGUUGAACAGUCAACAGUAUGUCUAAUUUCUUGAUGUUAGGUUUUCCAGGCCAUGAUGUAACUUUCAAACUCAUUGACCACAACUAUAAUUACUUACUGAUUAUUGCUUUCAUAGAAUGUAUAUGGAAACUAGGUAUAUUUCUCUUGCAUGACCAUAAGCAUCGUAUACAGCUCUACUUAGUUCUAUUAGGAAAUACAGGCCAACAAUAUUGACUUGUAUUUUCUUGUUAUUUUGGCUUAACGCAUCUUAUAGGCUUAUCUCUGACUGUUCACUUUCUUGCUUUAUAAUUUCAAGUACUGUUGUUAGUUGUAAACUUUUUCAGUGGUUACAAAGAUAAUCCUUGAGUUAUUACAAAAGCUUAUGAUGGUUGAAAUUGUUAAGUACUUCAUAGGUUUUCCUUGCUUUCUAACUUCACAGGUAUUUCUUAGAUUUUCCUUGCUUUUUAACUUCACAAGAUUCAGGGUUCCUGAAGAAGUUGCAGUUCAAGUAAACAGUUAGUUUUAAAGUGUAAUAUCUCUUAAUCAGGUUCAUAUUAACAACAGCAGUAGUGUCAGAGGCAGCUCAUCAAAUUUGCAGGUUCAAUAAGCUAGAAUGCCAGAGGAGGAGAAAUUAAGUCAUGAAGCUUGAUAGGCCUUUUUUAUAAAGUGUAAGAAGCGCAGUUAUCCUUAAUUUGUCUGAUUAUAAACUUUUAUUGAAGUGUAUAUUGAGCACUGUUGAGCUAUGUUUUCAUGGUUUUUUAAACCAUUCUUUUUCAUUGGCUGUAUGGAUAGUAAAUUUUUUUAUUCAUAUGUGGAUCUUACCAUUUCCAUCAUUAUUCAGAUUUGAUAUCUUUCAUGUUAUAAUGGAAAUUAUACUUUUUACUUGCUGGUGCAUUUUUAUCAGGGAUAAGGAAGAGGCAACAUUUACAUUUAUCUUUUUGACUACCAUAAAGUUCUUUUCAAAACUUGUUUUAAUUGUUUUUGAUGCAUAACUACUGUAUUAUCAAAAACUUACAUAGUAGAAAGAUCCCAUUCGGGCAAUAAGCAUAGAUACAAUACAAGAGGUAAACUAGCUCAUACUCUCCUUUUCUAUAUUCAAUGUUGAAAAAUUUUGUCAUGCUAUUAACACAAUUAUCAAUACGUAUAUUUUCUCCACUUAAAAAUGUAGGGUUUUGUGUAUAUAUUGUAAUUCCUACUCUUAUAAGCUCUUUUCAUUAUUGCAUUGCAUGAGAUGUCUUAAUAAUUCGGAUUCAAGGCAUGUGAGCUGUAAUAAUUGAGACAAAUAUUGUGUACAUUAUCUACUCACAUUGUAAGUAGAGAAGUGUUUAAACUUUAUUUUUUGAAUGUGUUAAAAAAAUAAAUGCAGUUAAGGAGAGGUUCAUGACAUGAAAAGGUUUCUUUUGCUUGAUGAUGAUUAAUGUUAAGUCAUCUUAUUUUGAGGAUUGAUGUAAUAUAUAAUUUGUUCUUUGAUAAACCGCCCAUCUACAACAAGAAAGAAAACUUAAGAUGUCUGUAACCCAGUUUCCAUCACUAUUACCCAUGACUUUUUCAGUUAAUUUACAAGUAAAUUGUUUACUUCAUAAACUAGUUCUGUUGUAGUGUAUUUAUUUUUCUUGUUGACAUUUUUCUGUAUUCUCAGUGUACACCAUAGAACAAAAUACAAGAGUAGAUCCAUAUUUUGCUGAAUCAUUAAUAUAUUAUUGAUAGUAUAA